CUAUGCUAGUAUAGGUUAGACGUUGCUAAAUGUAAGUAAAAAUGUACGCUGAAUAGACGCGAAGAGAAGUAAAAGAAAGGAAGAAAGCUGUCUAAUCGAGCAUAUACUCUUUUAUAAGAAAAUUAUUUUCUUGUGAGAUAUGAAGAAGAAUACCUAGUAUGAAUCUUUCUGAGAACGUUGCUCUUUUACAAUGUCUCGACUUAAAAAGGCAUCUAGGGGAUAACCAAGAGGAAAUCCUGAAACGAUUGUCUGAGAGUCCAUUUCUGCUUGAGCCUUUGGAUACACACGAGUUGAAGAGAAUAUAUGAUCAGGCAGUUACGAAUUUGGAACCAGAAGAGAAGAUUGAGCGAGACUUAAACAAGGAUAGGCCUAUUACAGAUCAUGCAACAAAAUCUGACGAACGGCCGCAAUUAAGAGAGGAUGUUAUCAAUGAUCUUAUUAAUGAAUUAAAUAAUUGUAUUAAAUCUUAUAAUGCGAGUCUUGAGCAACAGACUGAAGAACGUACAAAAGCCAAUGAACAAGACGAGGAAGCGUUACAGGAAACUGCGAAUGAUACAGAAAAUGCUUCCAAAAACUUGCAAUCGGAUAGAGGAUUACCAGAGGAGGUACACGAAGAGCUCGAAUCAUCUCAUAGUCCGGAUAUUGAUGCACCCUCUGGUCCUGUAGCUUCAAGAGCUACUCGUGCCACUAGUAGGAGACAAACUUCACAGGAAGAAGAUAAGACAAGCCUUAAAAAGUUUCAGAAUGCUAUUCUUCCCCUAUUAGAUAAUAUUUCGAAUCAUCGAUUUGGUGCACCUUUUAGUCAGCCUGUAAACAGGAAAGAAGCCCAAGACUAUGAUUCACUGAUUUAUUGUCCUCAAGAUUUAAGGACGGUAAAGAACAUGGUUCGUGAAGGCACGCUUACAACUGUUGAAGAAGUUUAUCGAGAAGUGUUGCGAAUAUUCGCUAACUGUAAAAUGUACAACGGCGCUGAUACCAGCAGUGCGAUGUCAAUAUGGGGAGAUGAGUGUUUUCAAUUCACAGGAGAAUUAUUCGAAAUGUAUAAGCAAGCGAGUCUUAGACGAUGAUGUUUCUGAACGUUUUUCAGUCUUUUGCGAUCAAGAAGUUUUGUGCUUGACAAUGUGAUAAUGUAUAUACAUCAUGUAUUCAUCGGAUGUUUAUUGUAUUUACUUUUUUGAUACUUAAUAUAUGGAUUUUGUCUAAAAGUUUCUUAACAAAGGGUAGAAUAUUAUUAUACAUACACAACAUCGUGUAACUAAGUGUGAAUAUAAAAAAUUUCC